GGCACUGUUGCCGUCCACUUUCCCAUCACGUUCUUUUAUGAUGGGCUUUUAUUGACACAAAGAAUGCCGAAAGGAUACUACCGGUAUUGCUUUACAAAAGGAGUCGACGCGGUCUGACCCGGCACUAAUAGUAGCAGGCAGCAUACAAGGCUGAACGAUUAUUGUAUGCGACAUACUACUGUAUUGGUCUUGUAUAUUUACAAAGCGAUUUUCUUUUAAGCGCAAGGAUGGCGACGCAGGCCCUACCUGCAAUAUGCCUUUUCCUCCUUGCCGUGAUGUGUAAUAUAGUAGCGCCAGCCCUGCACGUGCGUUCUCCAAAAGCAAUAGAGAGAAUUUUGCACCAGCGUCACAAUGCCGUGUUGGAGCACGCGGGUCUUAGCAGCCCCGGUACCAAGCUAUCAGUUAAUUAUUAUGACAAUGACGACAGCGCAAACCUGGCGUCAUAUCAGUGGACAAUCCAGGCAUACGAAGGCCGACAGGAGCGGAGGCUAGUGUCAAGUGUGUUCCGGACUUCUGCCAUAUUAUGGCAACUCAUACUCUUCCCGCAAGGGGACGAAGGACACUCGGGCUUCUUAAGCCUCUACAUAAGUGCCGCCCUCGCCUCGCAUUGGGGCCCUGAUGAGGCGGUUUACAGCUCAUGGCGCUUCAGAGUUAUGAACAUGCAAGGGGUACGGCAAGAUGUCGUAACAGAGGCUUCCCACAACUUCAGCCGGCAGUCCACCGCUUGGGGCUACAACCGGCUCACGUCCUGCCACCUGCUGCUGGACCCCGAGGAAGGCUGGUUGGACGCGUACGGCAACCUACAGCUGCAACUUGACGUACAAGAGGUUGUGCCGUACUGGGUCGGCUACAGCGGCAUUGAGCGGCAGCACUUUGACACGGUUCGCUGGAGUGCUGCUAUGUGGAGCGAUGCUGGGGCGGGGGUGGGGGCGGAGGAGUUGGGGCCUCUGGAGGACUGGCUGGUUAGCUACACAGUGACCGAGGAGGGCCGAUACAAAGUGUCCUACAACCUCAACGGGCGCACCUACAACACCGCGCAAGACCUCCGGUUUGCCAUGUUGGCCCUGUCCCAAACGCUCAAACCACCCCACACCACCUCCUCCUUCGGAAGUGCCGGAUCCGCCGCCUCUCAUGACUGUUCCGCAUCCUCCUCCUCCGCCUCCCCUGCAUGCCUGUCCGCCACCACUGCAGCUGCCUUCGGAAGCGACUCAGCGAACACUGGCGGCAGCGGCAGCGGCCACCUCAGACCCCCACACGGCUCAGAUAGCUACAGUUACGAGGGCAGGUACAUGCCAGUCAGCAGCAGCGGCAGCUUCAGAGAUAGCGGCGGCGGCGGCGGCAGGACAACAGCACCCUACGUCAGCAGCUACAACGGCGGUAGCUACAGCGGCGGUGGUGAUGAUGGUUAUGGCGACGACACCACAUGUACGGAUGAGGGAGAUGUGGAGGUUGUGGUGGUUGAUGAGGUAAACGUGGCGGAGCUCAUCAUGGAGGGAGCUACCAGUCUGUCGGCGUUGGGGUUGGUUUCGACAGGGCUGGUGCGGUGGCUGCGGCGGCGGUGGCGGCAGCGCAGGCGAGGGAAGAAGUGCGGCGCUGCUGUGAUUGCCGCCCUGGCAAAGUCUGGGCACCAGGCCCCGGGGGCCGCUGCCGGGGCACCUCACAGUGCCAUCGGCGCUGCUGGUGUCGAGGACGAGGGCAGCAAAAGGGCGGUGCAACUGCCGGCAACGGCAGCAGCAGCGGCGUGCGUGAAGGCUAAGGCUGCACCAGCCAUGAAAGGAGGCUGCUCCAAGCCUCGGCAACCGCCGCCGCAACAGCAGCCGCCCAAGCCGCCCUCCAAACCGCCAGCUGCCACACGCGUGCAGGAGCAGCUGCGCCCGCCGCAACUGCCACUGCCACCGGCACCGGCACCGCCGCCGCAACAAACACAGCAAAGCCAUCCACCGCAAGGAGCACAACCGCAACAGCAGCAACAACAACAACAACAAAAGAAGAAGAGCGCACAGACUUGCAGUCAGCAACAACAGCAGCCGAAGCUGAACCCAACAGCUGCAUCCUGUACCAGUACACGCACCACAAGUGCAGCCGCAACCGGCGCAAUCAGGUCACCGCCUGGGACCCCUCCGUGCGCCAGGGUGCAAGCAGCCCAUGCAAAGCCACUGCUGCAUCCGCCACCUGGAUUCGAGCACCGUUGCAAAGGGGGUACCGACACCAAGGCAAGUACGGCACCCCACACAGCCAGUACGGCAGCGGUUUCAUCGCCUCCCUCGCCACCCCCGCCGCUGCUGCCCAUCGCCGGCUCCACCGGCGCCAUCCUGCACGGCAGCAGCAGCAGCAGCAGUAUUGGCGUCGGCGGGGAGGCGUGCCGGCCUCACUCCCCGCCGCUGCUGUUGCCGGCCGCACACUCCUGGCCAGGCCCCUGCCUGGCGCCCUCUGUCCCCGCCUCUGCUGGCUCCGCUUGCAUCCCUGCCGCUACCUGUGCUGCCGGUUGGCCGCUGUCGGCGGCGUUAGUGGAGGAGCCUCUUCCUUGCGAUUUGCGGUGGGCAGCGCCUUUGGGACCCCCACAUGCCUCGAGUAUCCCGCCCACCGGUUCAUCCUCUUCAUCCUUUUCAUCAUCCGUCUCCUCGUCGACCCCUGCCGCCAGCACUUUUGCUGCCGGUGACACUCCGGAAGCGAGGGAUGGAUCAGGCACUGUGCCCCCUUCAAGGCUUGCAACACCAUUAUUGCCACUAUUUCCACCACCUCCAAGUUCAGAAGCGUUUGCAUAUCCUGGGAUGCUGACCGCAUUCCCUGGCCUAGCAGUGAUCGAUCAGCUACCUCCGCAAGACAACUACCGAUACGAUUCCUUAAUCCAUCAGGCCACAAGCUGUGUUUCUCAUGCCAACAUGCAUGAGGGUGGCGGUGGUAGGGCCGCUUCCUGUGGUGCUGCAAGUGCUGUGGGUGUCGGCGCCUCGGGCGUUCGGUUGCAGGACGGCGAGGAUGACGACGGGGAUGAGGAGGCAGAUGGCUCGCUUGCGGCCCAGGUCGCCAACUCGCUUCUGGAAGCAGCGGCAGCGGAGGAUGAGCGGCAGGAGCGGAUGCGUAGCGGCGGCGGCGGCAAUGGCGGCGGUGGGGGCGGUGGGGGCGGUGGGGUCAGGAUCUGGAAUUACGGGGAUGGUAAGAUUGUUGGCGUUCGCGACGGUGGUGGCACCGAUGGCGGCGAUCUCUGGAAACCAUGCGUGCUGGCCUCAGGGGUGGUCCCGCCGCCGCCGCCGCGCCUGCCUCAGCCCACGUCGCCACUUCAGGGUCACCUGAAGGAGGCUGCCACCGCCACCGGCGGCACUGUGCCGUGGGUCGCUGCACCGCCAGCAACAGGAACGGACAGUGCCGAUGGCGCGAACAAUGCGUUGGAGUUCAGAGCUGCUGAGCUGCUCUCGGCGUUGCUGGCGGGCCAUGACACCACAACUGAUGGCUGUGCUACAACGCAAUCUGUUAUUGACUAUUCCGCUCUCUUGCAAGGACUCCUGAACGAUAUUCCGGUUGACGUUGAUGAAGCAACCAUUGAGGCGGCUGCAAGCGGCUUCUCAGUAUCUUCAGGACUGCCGCCCUGCGAUAUCCAGAGCACGAAUGGUGACGCUGCAACGUCGGGGUUCCCGCCCCUGGCCUGGAAAAGCACACAUCCGCUGGCAGCAGGGGUGCUGCCGCCGCAGCCGCUGCGGCGACGUACGGCGGAGGUGUUGGUGACCACUGCUCGGCAGUUGUUGUCGCUCGCGGAGAGCCUGACGGAGCAGCAGCAGCAGGCGGAGGCGGAGGCUGGCGUGGCGGCUGACAAGGGCAGCGCCUGCAGCAACGGCAGCAGCAGAUGCGGUGGGAUCGGGAGCAGUAUGUCCGCCGCAUUAUCGUUAUGUGGCGGCGGGGGCUGCAGUAACAGCAGCGGCGACAAGGGCGGCGCAGCGGUGUCAGCAGGGCCUGGGGCCGCCACAGCAGCCGGUGAGGAAGAAGUCCGGGCAGCACCGUCGACUGCACAAGCCGAAUGGGACAGCAGGGUCAAUGAGGGGGAGGCGGCACCUGGACUCAUGCCCACGCCCUUCCUCUUCGGUCGACCACGCUCCCCAGACAGUCCGGACAGCUUCACGCCCACGUUCGGGUUGGCGCCCUUCCUAGCCAGCCACAAACCGCUGGCUGCGGUCCCGAACGGUUCCAAGGUGAAGCCUGGGGAGAGUGGCGUGGAGGACUUGUGGCGCUACAACGCCGCCUGGCCUCCACUGACCCGUGGGUCAUGGCAGCCGCUACCACAGGAUCCCCCGAAUGCAUUGCUGCUGUGAGGUGAUGUGGGAUGGAUAGGAUUCAGCCACUGGUCAUGUUUUUGAGCAGUUUUCUACUAUGGGACUGCUACGUAUGUGAAAUGCCGCAGUUCCAGCCUACCCUAGCUGUGUUGGCAGACGGGGAGAGUAGAUGCCGCCUGAGGGGCAAGGGCUGUGUCCGCAGCGGCUUAGGUAGGAUUCUAGCGGCGUAGGCCCAGCAGGGAAAGAGAUGAGACAGAGAUGAGGUAGCGAUGAAGUAGACGGGUUGCUGGUUACAUACCUGGGAUUCUUCCUUGCUGGUAAUGCUGGCAAGGAGUCUGGAGCGAAGGCAAUGGUGGCGCAUGCCUUGAGGAUGGGGCUGCAAAGCACACGGGGCUGCACAGUGAGGCCACAACUGAGAUAGUUCCGUAUGACACACAGACGAGGCUUGUGACCCACCAAUUGCGGCGCCACAGUACAAUGUAAGCUCGUGUGCUUUGUUCAGGGGGCCUUAGCAGAUGCCUUUUGGUAGGACUAACGUGCGACGGUGUAUCAGUGGUGGGGGUUGCUUCCAUCUUGACGUUUGCAAUGGCUGCAUUGUGGAUCUUGAAAACCGGGGCACUGUUUACAGGAAACUGCGCUGUAGCUGUCUACAUAUAGACAGAACACCCGUGAAGGAAAAACUGUAGCUGCGUACGGUCUCCGACCUGAACCUGCAAUAGUGCCACCGAAUUCCCCCGGACGUUUCUUACAUGCACUGUAGUCACGGGCAAUAUGACCCUUUUUACUGUCGAAGCA